AUGGAGACCGGCGGCGCCGCGGUGCGCGCAGCCAACACAUCGAGAGCGUCGCUCACGGUGGCGUUGGUGGAUUCGACGGGCUACGGUUGGUUGCCCGGGCAAAAGUUGGGGGACGCUGCGAUGGAUUUUCGCAAGUGUGGCGGCGUGGAGACGGUGGCGAGCAUCGUCAGUGGAGGCAGCAUUACGAAGGCCGGCAAGAAGGACGGCACGAACAUUCUCGACCAGUUCAUGCAAUGGGUCUUGGACGGCGGGGAAGAGACCCAUGGAGGGGACGUGGAGGUGGAAGUGGGCGUGGUGCCAGCCCGCGACUCCGUGCGAGGGGCACGGUAUGAGGCCCUCGGGGUAGCGCGGCUGGCGUGCGGCGUCCCGGAGCUGAGCAAGAGCAUCUUGGAGACAGUCCCUGGUGCCUAUGGAGAGGCCAAAAAGGCCUUGCACUUUCUGCCGGCCUGUGCGUCGGAGAGCAUGGAGCGGGUAGUAGAGGCGGCGCGAGCCGAGCUGGAAGCGCGUCGAGCAGAGCGUCGCUCAGCCGGCGCGGAGGGAGCCCCCGCGUCAGAGCGUCGCUCAACCGGGGGCUGGGUGGCCGUGGUGAUUUGUGCCGGGUGGAACUGCAAUGAGGUGGAGAAUUUGCAGGAGGCAUUUGUCGUGAAGCAGCUCUGCGAGACGCGCACGUGGAGCGAGUUCCUUUGGGCCUGCUCGGCGCACUCCAGCAAGAAGCGGGCAUGGGCCAAGACGGCGCAGGCCUUGGACUUGGCGCCGCCGAAGUUGUUCCAGACGAACCGUGAGGACCACGCGCAAGCGGCAGCCAAUAAGGCACAGUUCACCCAAGGGCUGGAGAGACAUUUUGUCGGAGACGCAGAGUGCGUCGAAGACAUCAAGAGCCUGGGCGGGUCGGCGCUCCUCGCCCGCUAUGAGAGCUUCCAGCAACCGGCCCAUAGGGCGGACCUGUGGCGGUAUAUUCGCUUGUGGAAAGAGGGUGGAAGUUACCUGGACAUCAAAAUGGCGCUGCUGCAGCCGUGGAGCACAACUCUGGAAGAGAUUUAUCGCGUCGCGCAGUCCUCGGGCCAGCGCGUCGCGCCGCCCACGGAGGUGCAAGCUUUGUCGCAAGUCCCGCACCUCCUCCUCAGCAUCGGACAAAACCGCAAACAUAUCUUCCAGGGGAACAUUUGGCACGCGUCCGCAAAGCACCCGCUCUUAGCCAGAGCGGUGGGGCAUGCGCUGGGCACGUCGCAGAGUCACCUGCUUAAGCGAUACCUGUUGUUCUGUGAGUUUUUGUGGGCGGAGCUGCGGCGUGACCUCGGCCAGGACCCCGAGAAGCUGGAGGGGCAGGGGAAAGCCGAGCGCGAUCGACGUGGGCGCACAUGCUUGGGGGAGGAAUUUCCAGUGGACGGUCACUUCAUGUUCACCACUGGUGGCACGAGGUAUGCCGCCACCCGGGCGUGGGGCUGGAAGAAAGGUUUUUUACCGGUCGCUUUGGGAGCCAUCGCGACACAGCGGGAAGAAGCGCAGAGCGUAGCUCAGCUGGAGCCACAGCCCGGCACUCCUGCUCCCGAAGCGCCGAGUGCGCCGCUCCUGGAAGCGCCGAGCAGCAGCGCCGCGCCGAGCGCUGAAGCGCAGCAGCGCGUCGCGCAGUUGCAGGAGACCCCAAGCGCGGCGACAGAACCGGCGGCAAAGCAGGGGGAGGUGCCGCCACUGGAGAGUACCAUCACUCCGGAAGGCUUGGAGCGGAUAAUGGCAGUGGCGACGGGGCACAGUGCGUAUGAGGGCCUGACGCGGGCAGAGGUGGAGAUCUUCACGGUGCAAGGCCUGAGAAAAGCGACCCGACGGGAGGGCUAUCUCUCGUGCUUGUUCUGCAAAAGUAGAAAGAAGCAACAGCUGCUUUUCCAAGGCGCCAACGAAGUCCGAAACCACUUCGAGGGCAACCACGGGAGGCCACAGGCAACAGAAGCGCCCUCGCCUGCGGUCGCCGAGGAGAUCGGUCAGCCUAUGGCCGUGGUGGAGCAGACGAUGGAGAAGCGGAACCCCCCCGAGCCAACGCUGUUGGACGCAGCUUUGCGUGCCACCGGCGACGUCGCUGACUUCUUCCGCCGGCUGACAAGCAUCUUGGGCCCGUCCAUCGCGGGCAACCGGCCUAUGUUGGCGACGGCGCUGAAGGACGCCUAUGCGCUGCCCAGCGUGCUGCAGAACGUCGUUCGGCAGCGUUCGGCGCAGGGCGCCACGUGGAACGACCUCACCCGGUCGGAGAACGUGGAGUGGGCCGUGCACGAUGGAUCGGAGGGAGACCCUCCGUACGCGCUGGCAAUGUGCAAAGGAGAGUCCUAUGAGUACGUGGACAGGGCGAGCUUGUACAGCACCAUUUUGGUGCGCUUGGUGGUGGACGCGGUCGAAGAGACCGCCAACAGCUUGGAUGCCGCAGGGCGGCAGGCCGUGCUCGAGUGCAUCUGCGUGCAUUUCAAUGAGGCCGCCAGGCAGCAGGGUCAGCCGUCGAGGCUUCUGCUCGCACUGGGUGGCGCUCGAGCCCUGAAGUUCGACUUGGAUCCCGCCAACAUCGAGCGCCAGUACGGAGGAGCGAAGAAAAGAGUGACCAAGCGGCAGGAGCCGCAGAGCGUCGCUCAAUGGCUUCGUCGUGCCGUUGGAGACGCCCUCAAGCCGCAGAGCGUCGCUCAGCUGCGCUCAGUGUCUGCCGCGACCGAGAACUACGCAGCAGACCGACGGCCGGAGGACUUUUUUUUUCCUGAGUUGGUGGGCUGCGCUCUCCGACGGUGCGAGAUCGACGACUAUGCCUUGACAGGGGAGGCCAACGAGCUCAAGUUGGUCUUGUACUUCAGUGAUGGAACCAGCCAAACACGACAUUUCAUCAGUACUGUUGGAGACGCCCUCGAGCCGCAGAGCGUGGCUGCCGUGACCGAGAACCACGCAGCAGACCGACGGCCGGAGGACCUGUUUUUUUUUUCCCGGCAGGAGUUGGUGGGCUGCGCUCUCCGACGGUGCGAGGGGAGUGGCGGGUGGGCGUCCGCUUUUCUUCGGGUGGCAAAAGUGAUCAGCCAACCAGCCAUGCAGCGCCCACACUUGGUGCAAUUCCAAGCUGACCUCUACCGAUACAGAAUGGCAAUUCAACUGAGAUGUGAUGCCCUAGCAGCUCUGAGGGCUAUGGAGACCAUGAUGCAACACUUCGAAGACAUGGGGUUUACCAAUACCGCCAACAUGGAAGUCCUGAAUCGAACCCGAGACGACCUGGCGGACUUCGCGACCUUUGCAGACUAUUUGUUGGGCCAAGUUACUGUGUCCAAGCUAGAAGAGAUCCAUCGCCUGCGGGCUCGCACAGAAGUCAACUUCAGCGGGCACGUGCUCGCAGCGGACGAGACGGUGCAGAAGCGUGACACCUUUGUUCGGGGCGCUUGCACGCAACGGGAGGUGGCAGGAUUCAUCGCAGCUGAUGCCUCGUGCUUGGUUCAAGUGGCACUGUGGGGCGACGUGGCAAAGAAGUACUUCGAGUCAUUGACAAAGGCGCUCGACGAGGCGGCAGACGGAGUUUUCCCUCGGAUCGAAGUCACUGCCUGCCAGGUUACCACUGUGAAGCAUCCAGAAGGGACAUCGUUGCGACGGCUGGCGUCAACGGCGAGGACCACGGUGAAGUUGCUUGAAUCGACCCCACUGACCAUUUCUCCGUCUCCACGUGUCCUCACGACCAGCGCGGCAGACUUGAUGCAUGUGCCUCAGGUCUCAUGCUUCAUGGGGGUCGUGAGCCGCCUAGAGGCGCGCGUCUUCUCGCAAGAGGACGUGGGAAUGAGAGAAAUUGGGAUCAGCACGCAGAAUGGAUAUGAGGUGCCAGUGAUGCUGUAUGGGGUGCAAAGUGAAGAGGAAGUCGAACUCCGGGACCGCGUGGCGGUGUGGUUUGGCGAGGGGAAGCCCCCGUUGGCGAACAGAGACGACAGCAAGGGCAUGAUCUGGUUGUACGGAUCCGGGUACUUGCUGGCUUUGGGGAAAACCGAGGAGAGCGACCAAGGAGUAAAGGGACCGGCGCGGCCGUUCCGCGCCGCAGAGCGUCGCUCGGCGGCCGCUCCGGAGCGCGCACGCGCGCGACGGCGAGCAGAGCGUCGCUCCCUCACACGUCUGGGACGCGGCACCCCGCCGCGACAGAGCGCGGCGCGCCGCGGAGCGGCGCCCUCCGAGCCAACGUUGUUGGACGCAACCUCGCGCACCUCCGGUGAGAUCGCCGACUUCUUCCGCCGGCUGACGGCCGUCCUGGCACCGUCCAUCGCUGGAAACCGGCGUAUGUUGGCGACGGCGCUGAAGAACGCGCAGGCUCUGCCCUGCGUGCUGCAGAACGUCGUUCGGCAGCGUUCAGCGUGGGGAGCCACGUGGAACGAUCUGACACGGCCGGAGAACGUGGAGUGGGCCGCGCACGAUGGAACAAAGCGAGCGCCUGCGUACGCGCUGGCGAUGUGCAAGGGUCAUUCCUGGGAGUACGUGGGCAAGGCGAGUGUGUACAGCACCAUUUUGGUGCGCUUGGUUAUGGACGCUGUCGAGGAGACGGCAGACGCCUUAGACGACGUCAGUCGGCGAACUCUGCUGGAGAACAUCUGCGUGCAUUUCAAUCAGGCCGCCAAGCAGCAGGGUCAACCGUCGCGACUUUUGCUUGCGCUGGGCGGCGCCCGAUCUUUGAAGUUCGAUUUGGAUCCGGCCGACAUCGACCGCCAAUACGGGGGAGCAAAGAAAAGAGUGACCAAGCGGCAGGCAGAAUCUGGUGCGCCCCUGGAACGCUCCAAGCGGGCGCUGCAAAGGUUCGAGUGA